AUGAUUUAUAGAAUAAUUUUCUUAAUAUUAAAUUUUUUUAUAUUUUUUACUAACCAAUUACCAUAUGCUGAUAAAAUAUUUAAUCUUCCAUAUUUAAAUUUUAAACCAAAUUUUGAUCAAUAUUCAGGUUAUUUACAAGCAUUACCAACAAAACAAAUUUUUUAUUGGUUUGUUGAAUCACAAUCUAAUCCAUCAACUGAUCCUAUUAUAUUAUGGUUACAAGGUGGUCCUGGUUGUAGUGGUUUAGAUGGCCUAACAACUGAAAUGGGCCCUUAUAGGAUAAAAGAUUAUGGAAAAACAGUUGAAAGUAAUCCUUAUUCAUGGAAUAAAAUAUCUAAUAUGAUUUUUAUUGAUUCACCAGCAGGUGUUGGAUAUUCAUUUGCUGUUGAUGGAAAUUAUACCUAUUCUGAUGAUGAGGUUGCUGAUCAAAAUUAUAAUGCUAUAAAAUAUUUUUUUAAUAUAAAAUUUCCUGAAUUUAAAAAUAAUGAUUUUUAUAUAAUGGGUGAAAGUUAUGGAGGAACUUAUGUUCCAAUGUUAAGUACAAGACUUAUUGAUGAUAAAAUAAAUUUUCCUAAUUUUAAAGGUAUGGCAAUUGGUAAUGGAUGUUUAAGUGAUAAACUUAUGUAUAAUUCUGUUAUUCAAUUUUCAUAUAAUCAUGCAUUUAUUGAUGAAACAUAUUAUCGUAAUGCUGUAAAAAAAUGUUGUUUCAUUUCUGGUGAAGAUUGUGAUUUUUAUCAAUAUUCAUUACUUACACAAAAUGAUAGAUGUUAUAAUGAAUCAACAACAUUAUAUUAUGCAAAUUAUUAUACAGGACUUGAUCCAUAUUUUCUUUAUUUUAGUUGUUAUUUAGAUAAUCCAAAUGGUUUAUAUGCAUAUCCUCAUGAAAAUAAAUUAACAUUAACAAAAUAUUACAAUAAAAAAUUUGGUAUUAAAUCUAAUAUUAUGUCAUCUAUUCCACCUGCCUGUUCACAUCAUAAUGAUAAUGUUGCAUGGCUUAAUAUGCCAGAAGUACGUAAAGCACUUAAUGUUCCCGCUCUCCUACCAAUAUAUAAAACAUGUAGUGAUUCAGUAUCUAAUAAUUAUGUUAGUCAAUAUUCUGACAUGACAUCAUUUGUUAUAUAUGCUCUAGAUAAAGGUAUUAGAACAAUGUUUUUUAAUGGUGAUGUAGAUUCUGUAUGUAAUGUAAUUCAUAAUAAACAAUUUAUUGCAAAUUUAAAUAGAAAAUUAAUACAACCAGCAUCAAUAUGGAAUAUUUCUAUAAAUUUACCACCAACAGCUGGUUUUGUAACUAAAUAUGAUGGUGUUGAUUUUGUUACUGUUAGAGGUGCUGGACAUUUUGUUGCAUCAUCAUUAGAAAAACCAAGAGAAGGAUUACAAAUGAUAUAUAAUUUUUUAAAAAAUCAAGAUUACAGUACACCAUUUCCCUAUUAA